AUGAACAUCACAGUUUUCGGUCUUGGUAAUGUAGGAAGAACACUCGUUUCGAUGCUUUUGCAGGAACGCGACCGAUGCUGGAAUAUCAAUAUCGUUGAUCCUUCGGAAGAAGUUUUCGGAAGCUACCUGGAUCUUCAGCAUGCUGCCGAGGUGGAAGGAUUACACACGCUUACCUUGAAUCAUAAACUGUUGGUGGAACAGUCCAGAUUCAUUUUUCAUUGUGCCGGAGAUGGUGUAAUUCCAGGAGGUGAUCGACUCGAUACCGCCCGACAGAACAAGGAAAUUACGGAAUCCAUCUUCUCGUCAUACGAAUUCCAACGAGAUGCUAUCGUUAUUGUCAUGACCAACCCAUUGGAUGUCAUUACCUAUUAUGCGCAGAAGUAUUCCAAGCUACCAGCUAAUCAAGUCAUUGGAACAGGAACUUUGCUCGAUUCUGCCCGAUUGAAUCAAAUUGUUUUCAAUCAGCUGAAUAACCCGAGAUGCACCGUUGAAACACAGGUAUUUGGUGAACAUGGAAAGUCUGCCGUAUUAAUCGAAUCACUUUCAACGGUUGACGAUCAAUCAUUACGUGAUGUGCUAACCGAUCGUGAGAUUGAGGAUUGUUUUCAGGAAAUGCUUCAAUCCGCAGCAUUGAUCAAAAAAACAGCCGGAGCCACCAUGUUUGGCGUUAUUCAAUGUGCGCUCCGGAUCAUGUAUACCAUUCUGAAUCAUCGCGAACUUCGAAUUUCCGUUUCUCGUGUUGCCGACACCUAUCUUGAACAACUAUUGGAAACAGAAAACAUUGCCAUUAGUUGGUUAUGUACAGUUAACCGAAACGGUGCCGACAUCAUUGACUCCAUCACGCCCACUGAAAGCGAACUGGAGCAACUAAAAGCCUCAGCCAAAGCGAUCAAAACCCACAUCAGCUAG